AUGCCCGAGACGCAAAAACGCCUCCUUCUCCGACUUCACGCCGGCUUCUUUCGACACCUCAACGAACAGCUGUACACUUGCCACAGCUCUGAGACUAACCGCCUCUUCAGCUCGGACCCUUCUGUAUUCGCAAAGUAUCAUGAGUUGUACCGCACACAAGUCGAAAAAUGGCCGGAAAACCCUCUUCUCAAAGUCAUUUCUGAGUUAGAAAAAUUGCCAAACCGUACAACCAUCGCCGACUUCGGCUGCGGCGACGCGUUGUUGGCGCGAACUCUCAAGAACAAGCGCGUGUACUCGUUCGACCACAUAGCAAGCAACGAAUACGUGACACCCUGUGACAUGAUGCACGUACCUCUGAACGACCAAACCGUCGACGUUGUGGUGUUCUCGCUGUCGCUGAUGGGAAAGAACCUGAGCGACUACAUCUCGGAAGCUCAUCGCGUCGCGAAACCGCGGGGGAAACUGAGAAUUGUCGAAGUCAAGUCGAGAUUCGAGUCCGUCUCGGACUUCGUCUCGAAACUCGCGAAUCUAGGGUGGCGCGUCGACAACGUCGACCACGUGAGCAACAACGUGUUCAUAUGGAUCCGCGCCGUCAAGCAGGAGCGGCGAGCCAGCGGACCAGUCGACUUGCGACUCCUCCCCUGCCUCUACAAAUGUAGGUAG